AUGGGUUUUACUAGUAAACCACAUGUGAUACUUGUACCUUACCCAGCACAGGGCCAUGUUGCUCCUCUUAUGAAGUUGGCAUACAAGCUAGCUAGCCACGGCAUCAAGGUCACUUUUGUUAACACACAGUCCAUACACUUGAAAAUUGUGUCUGCAAUGUCUCCAGAAAUCGCAGACCGAUGUCCGAUAAGUUUAGCUACGAUUCCGGACAGAUUGGAGUCGAACCCCGACGAGCUAGAUACAUGGGAAUUACUGGAGGAUGGACCGAAGUAUAUGCGGGUUCAUCUGCAAAAUCUGAUCGAAAACGUGAAUCAGAUGAACCGUGAUGCACAAGUUACACAUUUCAUUGGUGAUAUAGCAAAUGGGUGGGCGCUAGAAGUAGCCAAGAAGAUGUGUAUCAAGACUGCGGCAUUUAUACCUUAUGGAUUAGGAAAUUUGGCGCUGGUACUGCAUGCUCCUAAGCUUAUUGAGGAUGGAAUCAUUGACAUUUAUGGGCUUCCUAUCCAAGAAGAACCGGUUUCUUUAUCUAAAGAAAUUCCUGCAUGGAAUAUAAAUGAACUUCUAUGGAGUACCAAUGGCGAUUCAAAAGGACAAAAAUUUAUAUACAGGAAUUUUGUCAAAAACACUCCAGAAUAUUUCAGAAUUUCCGAUUCUGUAAUUGUGAAUUCCUUUUAUGAACUCGAACCGUCAGCCUAUCACUUGAUUACAAACAUCUUACCUAUCGGUCCAUUGCUGGAAAAUUCUCAAUUCGGACCUUUUGUCGGAAACUUAUGGUCAGAGGAUUCAACUUGCUUAAAAUGGCUCGAUCAACAACCUAAUGGAUCAGUCAUUUAUGUUGCAUUCGGCAGCUCGGUAGUAUGCAAUCAGAAGCAAUUAAUUGAACUCGCACACGGUCUUGAAAUCACAGGCCGACCAUUUUUAUGGGUUGUUAGGUCAGAUUUUACAACGGACAAUGAAGCGAAAGCAGAAUUCCUCAACGGAUUUACGGAAAGAAUUCAAAACUAUGGGAAGAUAGUAAAAUGGGCUCCGCAAGAGAACGUACUGGCUCAUCCUUCCGUCGCGUGUUUUUUUACGCAUUGCGGAUGGAAUUCGACGAUGGAAGGUGUGAGCAUGGGGGUGCCAUUUUUGUGCUGGCCUUACAUUGUGGAUCAAUUCCAUAAUAGAGAUUACAUUUGUGAAGGUUGGAAUGUGGGUCUAGCAGUAAAUCCAGAUGAAGAAGGGAUCGUAACUAGGCAUGAAAUUAAGAGUAAGAUUGAGAAAUUGGUUUCUAAUAAGGAUUUUAAAGAUAAUUCUCUGAAACUGAAAGAAAUGGCUAAAAAAAGUGUUGGUGAAGGUGGUUCUUCUUACAAGAAUUUUACAAACUUUGUUGAUCAAAUAAAAUAUUAAGUUGUUUUUAUAAUUUCGAACGUUUUGACCAAUGGUGGU